AUGGAUAUUGAAGCUUUGAAGGAGCAAUGGAGUGAAGUGGAGGAUCGUGAUGGAGUUCGACUCAGUUGGAACGUUUUCCCAAGCUCUCGCAUGGAAGCCUCGAGGCUUGUUGUCCCCAUCGGCGCACUCUAUACUCCUCUUAAAGAGAAGCCGGAUACACCACUCUUACAAUUUGAGCCAGUUAUCUGCAAGCAGCCAUGUAGAUCAGUGCUGAAUCCCUUCUGUCAAGUGGAUGUCAGAGCACGUCUUUGGAUCUGCCCAUUCUGCUUAUCUCGAAACCCUCUCCCACCUCAUUAUAAAGAUAUAAAUCCCAACCAAAUUCCUCCCGAACUUCACCCUGCAAAUACCACGAUAGAGUACAGACUUUCACGGCCAGCUCCAAGUCCUCCCAUCUUCCUAUACGUCGUGGACACUUGUCAAGAGGAGGAUAGUCUAUCUGCGCUCAAGGAAUCUCUUGUGAUGAGCUUGAGUCUUCUGCCAGAAAAUGCAUUGGUUGGUUUAGUUACAUUUGGAACUAUGGCGCAAGUACACGAAAUCGGCUACACAGAAUGUCCAAAAUCAUAUGUGUUUAGAGGUAGCAAGGACUACACCGCCAAGCAAAUUCAGGAAAUGCUUGGACUUUCGGCGGCUGGACUGAGGCCUGGAAUGCAACAACCGCAACCUGGUAAACCAAUGCCGCCAAUGGGACCCGCCGCUCGAUUUCUGCUACCAGUUCAACAAUGCGAAUUCCAGCUCACGAAAGCUCUAGAGCAAUUACAAAAGGAUCCAUGGCCCGUCGCAAAUGACAGAAGAAACCUCAGAUGUACUGGUGUGGCUUUGAGCGUAGCGGUUGGACUGUUAGAGACUUCGUUCCAGAAUGCUGGCGGCCGUAUUAUGCUAUUCGCAGGAGGACCUGCUACCGAAGGUCCAGGUUUGGUGGUUGGUCCUGAACUGAGGGAGCCAAUUAGAUCUCAUCACGAUAUCGACAGAGAUAAUAUCAAAUAUUAUAAGAAGGCUCUCAAGUUCUAUGACAACCUGGCCAAGAGAACAGCACAUAACGGCCACAUAAUAGACAUAUUUGCUGGAUGUCUAGAUCAAGUCGGUCUGCUUGAAAUGAAGGGCCUCUCAAACUCGACUGGUGGUCAUAUGAUCUUGACAGAUAGUUUCACAUCGUCCAUGUUCAAACAAUCGUUCGUCCGUGUAUUCGAGAAAGAUGGUGAUGAUAAUCUGCUGAUGGGUUUCAAUGCUUCUUUAGAAGUUUUGACUACCAAAGAAUUGAAGGUAACUGGUCUCAUCGGUCAUGCGGUUUCAUUGAACAAGAAAUCGACUUCUGUAGGAGAAACAGAGUGCGGUAUUGGCAAUACUUGUUCAUGGAAGAUGUGCGGUAUUGAUCCCAAUUCUAGCUACGGAAUAUACUUCGAAAUUGCUGGUCAAGCUGGUCCUGCUCAACACCAAGCCCAAGCAAAGGGAAUGAUGCAAUUCCUUACAUACUAUCAGCAUUCCUCAGGCCAAUUCCACCUCCGUGUGACAACAAUCUCUCGCAACUUGAGUGGACCAGCUGGAGAUCCUGCGAUUGCUCAGUCUUUCGAUCAAGAAGCUGCUGCCGUUUUAAUGUCCAGAAUUGCUGUAUUUAAAGCCGAAGUUGACGAUGGACCAGACGUUUUACGAUGGGUGGAUAGAAUGCUUAUCCGUUUGUGUUCGCGAUUCGCCGAUUAUCGAAAGGAUGACCCAUCGUCUUUCAGACUUGAGAAGAACUUUACACUUUACCCUCAAUUUAUGUUUCAUCUUAGGAGAAGUCAGUUCUUGCAAGUGUUCAACAACUCACCUGAUGAGACUGCAUUCUACAGACAUGUACUCAACCAUGAGGAUGUCAGUAACUCCUUGAUCAUGAUACAGCCCACUUUGGACUCAUACACAUUCGAUCAAGAUGGUAGCCAACCUGUACUACUCGAUUCUACAUCCAUCCAACCAACUCAUAUUCUUCUUUUGGAUACUUUCUUCCACAUCCUGAUAUUCCACGGAGAGACAGUUGCAGAAUGGAGGAAAGCAGGCUAUCAGGAUCAAGAAGGAUAUGAGAAUUUUGCAUCACUUCUAGAACAACCAAAAGAGGAUGCCAGAGAUUUGAUUACCGACCGAUUUCCUUUGCCACGUUUCAUCGUUUGUGAUGCCGGUGGUUCUCAAGCACGUUUCUUGUUAUCAAAACUGAAUCCGUCUACUACACAUACGACGGGUGCAUAUGGUGGAGUGGGUGCUCAAACAGCGCAAACGAUCUUUACUGACGACGUCUCUUUACAAACUUUCAUGGAUCAUCUCAUGAAAAUUUCUACAGAUUGUGAAUUCCGAUCUCAACAGAAUCAAUCGUCGACACCAUUCCCACCAAACCGAUUCCAUUCCAUAGUCACCAUGCCUCCAAAGUUGGACCCCAAUGAGAUCAAGAUCAUCCACCUGAGAGCCACUGGUGGUGAAGUCGGUGCUUCCUCAGCAUUGGCUCCCAAGAUCGGUCCUCUUGGUUUGUCACCAAAGAAGGUCGGAGAAGAUAUCGCAAAGGCCACCGGAGACUGGAAAGGAUUGAGAGUCACCGUCAGACUCACCAUCCAAAACCGUCAAGCCGCUGUUUCCGUUGUCCCAUCCGCCUCCUCCCUUGUCAUCAAGGCCCUUAAGGAGCCUCCCCGUGACCGCAAGAAGGAGAAGAACAUCAAGCACAGCAAGUCAAUUGCUCUUGAUGAGGUUAUCGAGAUCGCCAGAACUAUGAGAUUCAAGUCUCUCGCAAAGGAGUUGAAGGGUACCGUCAAGGAGAUCUUGGGUACCGCUUACUCCGUUGGUUGCCAGGUUGAUGGAAGAAGUCCAAAGGAUGUUAGCGACGAUAUCGAGUCUGGAGAGAUCGAGAUCCCUGAGGAAUAAAUCAAAAUUUACUUCAUUAAUCGCAAUGUUUCAC